CACACCCUGAGGGAGUAGCAGAGCUGGGUGUUGGCAGAGUGGGCCGUGGAUCCGAACCAUCAGCAGCAGAUAUAAUGGCUACAGCCAGCACCUCGGGCCAGAGCAGCUUUGGGCUUGGCAAGAAGAAGAAGAGUCCCGGUCUGAUGGAUCAGCUUAGCAAAUUCUUUGGAGGAGAGAAGAAGAAGAGGAGCAAGGGCUCGUUCAGGGGUCACUCGGCUACCUCACCCCAGCAACCCUCCGCUCGCCGUCGCACCAAUGAAAACGCAGUGGUGCAUUUCUUCAGGAGCCUUGUUUCCUCCCCUCCUCCCAAAUCCACGUGGAGAGAAGUCUUUGGUUUGAGCGACUCGCUGCUUCUGGAUGACUUUGAAAUGGCUCAGCUAUUUAUGACCCGGCCUCUGCGUCGCGCACUGAGAGCACGAAGUCGCCUGUCAGGAGACGCAGAGAACAGAGCACGCUGUCCCGGAUCUUCAACCUGUGAUGUUCUCCUGGGAGAUCAGGAGAAACCAAGUCCCGUCCACCCCCCAAACGCUGGAGCACCAUCUUCUAAGCUCUUCGUCGACCACCAAAGCUUAGAGGCGACGGGACCAGAAGAUCGCCGAGAACAAGGAGAGACGGAUCCCCAGGAGUCGGACUCACAACCUCAAGAAAUGCUAACCGACUAACACCAGCCUCCGUGUCUGUAGAAAGAGACACGGCUUCCUGUAAGAUCAGGAAAAAUGUAGAGUUUAAUGUUUAUCAUGGCGUCUGUUUCUGUAGAGAUGCUCGGCGUCUGCACUUCUGUCUGGGUUUCCAUGUCUGAGUGAUGUGACUUUUUUUAUUUUUAAUCCAAACUUUUUUUUUUUUUUCCCAGAGCUCUGCUUCUGUUUGUUGCAUGUUUAAGUCUAAAAGUGGAGACCUUUAAAGCAGCUUUUUGUUUCAUUGGGAAAAACUAUACGUUGCCCUUUUCACUGCACUGUCAUUUAAAUGUCCGUCAAACUAAGAGCUUUUCUCAUCUAUGCUGCAUCCUGAUUAAUUCAUGUGGCUUGGUUUGUUUUUAUGGAUGAGAAGAAGGCGACUGAUGGUUAAACUGUAGGUGAAUCAAAGGUGGAAACGGGGAGGGGGGAGGGAGGAGAACAGAACAGCAUGUUGGGUCCAAGAUUUCUGCUGAGUCAUGUUUCAUUGGUUUUGCUCUGCUAGGAUGUUUUAACCAGAAAAAAGA